UCAACAACUGCUGGGGCUCCCCUUUCAUUUGUAGGAAUGGGCUGCUAAGACAGAGUGGGUGUGUGCACAGGGCAUGCAGACAGACAGAUAGCAGGGUGUGUUGUGUGUGGUGGUUAAAUGAAGUGAAAGAAAACAGGAGGAAGAAGAAUGUUGCGUAACACUCAGAGAAAUUGCUAAAAGGGAACUUUGAACAACUGCUGCAAAUUAACGGUGGAUUUAAAGGAACUGAUGGAAAUAAAUGCAUUAGCAGCUGUUUGAAAGUAUCAGCAUUUGGCAGGACUCACAGAGGAGAGGGAGAGAAGAGAGACAGAGAAAAAGAAAACAGGAAAGGUGAAAGGCUGCUUUCAAUCUAACUGAAGGCUUCCUGGGUCAGCACCAUGGGAAAGUCAGCCUCAAAGCAGUUUGCAGAUGAGGUGCUGCAGUGCCAUAAUGAGUUCAGGAGGAAGCACCAGGCUCCUCCACUGAAGCUGAGCAGCAAGUUGAGCAAAGAGGCAACCCGUUAUUCUGAGAGUCUGGCCAGCACACGGAUCCUGAAACACAGUGUGGAGUCCAGCAGGGGGAGCUGUGGAGAGAACCUGGCAUGGGCCUCUUAUGACCAAUCAGGAAAGGAUGUGACAGACCGCUGGUAUGAUGAAGUGAAACAGUAUAACUUCAACCGUCCUGGAUUCUCUUCUGGCACCGGUCAUUUCACAGCAAUGGUGUGGAAGAGCACUACAAAGCUGGGUGUCGGUAAGGCCACGGCAUCAGACGGUUCUUCCUUUGUGGUGGCCAGAUACUCCCCUGCUGGGAACAUCACUAACCAGGGACACUUUGAGAACAAUGUCCUCCCUGCUAAAACCACUACCUAAAGAAGUCUGAAUGCCCAACUCUUGACUCAAGCCAGAGGGCAUUUGUUCAUUUUUCAGAAGAGUCUGAAGUUAUCCGCCUGCACUGAUGUGCAGGAUCCUCAGGAGACCAUGCCUUGUACUUUCCUUGUAGAGAGAGCUCUCUUGUAUGGAUUUUAAGAGAUGAAACACUCAGGCUCAAAGUAUGCGCUUGUAUUUUGAAAAUGGCCCACUUAAGAAGCAGUGUUUAAAAUGAAAGACCCCUUACUGUUUCACAUUAUUAACCAAACUCUUCCAUGGUCGUUUUAACUGCCUCUGACAGUAUUUAAUCAUUAAUAACAUUACUUCCCUCUUUCACACACUGAAAACAGUUAACACCUAUGUGUUUCACAUCUCUAUGUGUGUUAGAAUGAGAACUGGGUCAGCGACAGUGACAGGAUUAACACAUUGACAUGUGAAGUCAUUGCUUGUGAUGUGGAGGUGAUUGUUGUUGUCAUCACUUGUCAAAACAGAACCCUGCAGUCGGUGUGAUGUGUUUUCAAGUGUAACAGGUUUUAUAUCAUGAAGCUGAAAUGUAUAUGGCAUCUGCUGGCAAUCUCCUGUGCCAACUGUAUUGUGUGAUGUUAUAAGAGAGAGAGAGAGAGAGAGAGAGAGAGAGAGAGAGAGAGAGAGAGAGAGAGAGAGAGAGAGAGAGAGAGAGGCAGAAAACAACGGGAGUUCAAUUUCAUAAUGGUACUUUUUUUCUAAAAAUCUGAGUCUUGCACAGUAGGCAUGUUUAACUUUAUGGAGUCUGACUAAUGUAAGAGCAUAUGGACAAUGUAGGUUGUUGAAAAUGUGAACAAUGAUUGACGACUAAUUGUUGUUGUUUAGUUUGUAUUAAAAGCCUGGUUUGGAAACUGA